AUGUCUUCCCGUCUCAUCACCUUCGGCUUCUUCGCCGCCUCUAUCUCCCAGGUUCUGGCCUCGUGCGCCUAUGGAACUCACUUGGAUCCUCGCGCUGAGGAGGGAAAGGUCAAGGUCAACAACUUUGCUUACACCGGCAGCAAUGGCCCCUUGAACUGGGUCGCUCUGGAUACUACUGCCAACCAGCUGUGCGCCACGGGAACCACCCAGUCCCCUAUCGACAUGGUGGCCGGCUCCUUCAACGUUCUCCCCGGAAGCUCCAUCAACCUCCAGAUCCCCGACAUGGCCGAUGGCACCGAGUUCGAGAACUUAGGAACCACCGUUGAGGUUAUCGCCAAGGGCGGAUCGAUGCAAGUUGGAGGCAGCAACUUCACCCUGCAGCAGUUCCACUUCCACUUGCCCAGUGAGCAUCUCGACGCCGGAAAGAGCAUGGCUAUGGAGAUGCACAUGGUCUUCGAGGGUGCCAACCAGGAGAUUGCCGUCAUUGGUACCUACAUCGACCUGGAGCAGGGCGCUGCCGCUGCUGCCCCCGCCGCCCCUGUCGCCGAGGCUGCUCCUGUUGCUGAAGCUGCUCCCGCUGGAGGAAACGCAACUGCUGAGCGCCGCACCAAGCUGGCCCGCCGCGCUGCUACUGGAGCCGCGGCCGAAGCCCCGAAGGCUAUCCCCGCGAUGGGAACCAACCCGAUCAAGGCCGAGGCUGCUUCUUCUAGCCUUCUCGAGACCGUCUUCUCUUCCCUCGGUGCCAUCAAGGAGCCCGGUACUGUCACCAAGACUGGCGCGCUGAACAUGCAGGAGGUCGUCACUCUUCUCUCUGCCGGCAGCUUCCAAAGCUACAUGGGUUCCCUCACUACUCCUCCCUGCUCUGAGGGUGUUCAGUGGCUCGUCUCAACUCAGCGCCUGAUGGUCCAGCCCCAAACCUUUACUGCCGUCCGUGAUGUCAUUGGCUUCAACGCCCGGUUCCCCCAGAACACCCUCGGCCAGGCCAACAUCAUCCAGGUCGCCCAGCAGAGUCUCACUAGCGCCAACAUUGCCAACCCCGUUGCUGCUGCUCCCGCUGUCGCUGCUCCUGUUGCCGCUGCGCCCGCCGCUCCUGCUGCUGAGGCUGCCAAGGAAGCCGCUCCCGCCGCCGCCCCGGCCGCUCACGCCUAA